AUGGACGAGCUCUACCAGCAAUACAGACAUCAAGCCCUAAUGGGCCUGGAGCUCGCCGAGUCCAAGCUUUCAACUCAGGGCAGUAAGUUCAAAAAGGCCUUACUACAAAUUGAAAAUUCGAUCCACCAAAUGCAAUUGGAGGCGUCUAAUUUCACGGAUGAAUCAUACACCGCUCAAAUUGAAGAAUAUAGGCAGCGCUACCUAAAGCUUUUACACUCUAGCAAUUCCAGCAACUCGCUAUUCUCCGCAACAGAACCGCUGCUAAAUGUUGGCUUCAAGCAUUUAGAGGAUUCCAGAGCAAUUGUCGAUGAGGUAAACAGGGCGAACACAAGUAUACUGGAGGAAUUAUUCGCGCAAAGGGAUAGGAUAAACAGCACGAUUGCGAGGCUAGUGUUUCAGGGAGAAUACCUAGACAGGGCAGAUACCUACCUAACAAAGCUUCAAAUCGGCCGCAAUUUGACGGGUUUUGUGUGGAAGUUCAUUGCUGUCCUGGCAAUUUCAGCAAUUCUCGUGGUUGUAUCGGUCAAGCUUCUUUGA